ACACCUGAGGGGAAACGCAAAAGUACAGUUGUUUUUCCAGAGCAGAGCAGGACGAGUGAACCAUCUUCAUCCCACCUGAAGAGCUCUGAGACGAACACUGCUUCAUCAUUUCACAGGUGUGUCCUAAAAAGUCCUGAUCCGAGAAGCCAGAAGCAUUUUAACGAUCUCCUGAUAGUACUUGAACCCUUUACAGCAGCGAGAGGGGCAGACGCCGAAAGAAAAGAUAAGAGUCGGGCCGCCGGCAACUGAUCAGGACUCUCAGAGGAGGCAGGAGGUUAUAAGGUGCUUUUUGUGUAGUCAAACGUGAAACUGACGUCAGUGAAAAUGCUGGAGACGGUGAAAGACAGAGUACUGGAGGUCUAUGACAGCCUCUUAGCAGGAAGAGACCCUCGGUUGAAGGAUUACCUCCUAAUGGACAGUCCAGUCAAUAUGUCUGCUAUUCUACUUGCUUAUCUUUUCUUCGUACUGUACGCCGGCCCUAGGUUUAUGGCCAACCGCAAACCCUUCCAGUUGAAAGAAGCUAUGAUCAUCUACAACCUGUCCUUGGUUGGCUUGUCCGCAUAUAUCGUAUAUGAGUUCUUGAUGUCGGGGUGGCUGACGGGAUACACGUGGAGAUGUGACCCGUGUGAUUAUUCAAACAGCCCUCAAGGACUCAGAAUGGCAAGAGUUGCCUGGUUAUUCCUGUUUUCAAAGUUCAUCGAGCUUAUGGAUACGGUGUUUUUUGUGCUGCGUAAGAAACACAGUCAGAUCACCUUCCUGCACAUCUUCCACCAUUCCUUCAUGCCCUGGACGUGGUGGUGGGGUGUGAGCUACGCACCAGGUGGAAUGGGCUCCUUCCAUGCCAUGGUCAACUCCUGUGUCCAUGUGAUCAUGUACUUCUACUAUGGUCUUUCUGCCGCUGGACCUCGCUUCCAGAAGUUCCUCUGGUGGAAGAAAUACAUGACUGCCAUUCAGCUGACUCAGUUUGUGUUAGUGUCUCUUCAUGCAACCCAGUGGUACUUCAUGAAGAGCUGCGACUACCAAGUGCCUCUGUUCAUCCACCUCAUUUGGAUGUACGGGACCUUCUUCUUCGUGCUCUUCUCUAACUUCUGGUACCAGGCGUACGUGAAGGGCAAGAGGCUACCGAAGAACACCCAACAGCUCGCCAAGAACGGCAAAGCCAACGGAUCCACCACAGUCGCCAACGGCUCGUCGGUGGUUUCGAACGGCCACGGCGUGCACGAAAACUGCCUGAGCAACGGGAAGAAACACCACGAGAAUGGAAGCACUCUCAACGGCAAGAUGAAGAAAGCCUGAGAGCUCAGGAAGAGAAGACCCAAAACGGAUGACCAGGAGAACCUGUAUUAAGCACUAUGGAGUCCAAAGAGUGUUUUGGGACUUUUCGUUUUCAAAUCUUGUUUUUUUUUUAAUGUACAUUAAAUAAGUACAUGGGGAUAUGAAUGCGUUUGACCCCGUUUGUAUAUUUUUUUUUGACGUAAAUUAAUCUAAAGAAUAAUUAUUGAGCACAAUGUAUGAAGAGAAGAGGAAGAGUACUGACUGGAUCCAUCCUCCGCUGAUGUUGCUCACUACGUUCAUCUCAACAGAUAUGAAUUCACAGAUGGGCACACACGCACACACACACACACUUGUGUGUGUGAUUCAUACUCCCCCCAAUAGCAGACACUGUACAGUCAACAUCAGUAAACCUGAACUACACCUGUAAAUAGUUUUACCUUAUAAACUAAUGGCAUUGAUACAGUAAAAAUUGUUACUUUUGAAUUAAGUACAAAGAAUAAAUUCCAUUUUAAAAUA